AUGAGUCGAUCGAAUGUUAAUCUAUUGGAUUUACCUGACGAGAUAUUACUUAUUAUUUUGAAAAAACUGAAUAAUAUUGAUGUUCUUUAUUCAUUUAUCGACAUUAAUAAUGAACAUUUGAACAGUCUAGCAUAUGAAAAAAUCUUCAGUGAUACUCUCAAUUUCGUAUCCAUCGAUAAUGUUUCUGCAAUUGAUCAAGAGAAACUUGAUCGAUUUUGCAAGGUUAUAUUGCCAAAAAUUCAUGAAAAUGUCAAAUGUUUUAUUUUUGAACCAAUUUCAAUGGAAUGUAUUCUUCAUGCUGCUGAUUAUCGAAAUCUAACUGAACUUAAACUUUUUAAUUUCACGAAAGAAGACGCUUUAAAUUAUUUUACAAAUGAAUCAUCUCUUCAAUAUAUCUUUCAAGAAAAAAUUACAAAUCUUAUUAUUGCAAAUAAAGACAAAAACGUUGGGAGAGGAUCAUUGGAAAAUUAUAGUAGAAAUGUAUAUGAACAUAUCUUGAAAUUCUUCAAAAAAUUAAAACAUUUGAGUAUUAUUGAAACAUUCAAUCGUUUCUAUCCACCUUUAUCACUAUGUCAUUCACCAUCAACUAUUUUUUUCUCUUCAAUUCUUACUCAUUUACGUAUCAAACUAUCCACAUUAGAUGAUUGUUUUUAUUUACUUGAUGGUCGACUCAAACAAUUAACUACAUUUAUUAUUGAAAUAUGUGACACAAGCAAGUCUUCAUCAAUCAUUCACAAUAUGGAUGAUUUACCUAAUUUGAAAUGUUUUUCAUUGAAAUGUUAUCGUCAAAUUAAUAAAUAUGAUGAGAAAAUUCUACCUCUUCUUCAUCGUAUGACAUAUCUGGAAAAAUUAACUUUAUAUCUUCGUAUACAAAAUUGA